ACAAAGCAGCUCCAAAUCAGUUGCAAAGGUUUCACGCUAACGUUAGGAAGGCAUUGCGUUUGAACCUGAACACGGAGAGAGAAGCAGCGCUGGGAGAUCACACAACGUCUUGACACUCGACUGGUCUGCUCUGGGCUUGGAUCAAAACCUUGUAUCAGCUUCCCUCUGGUUGGAGAAUGAUCUGGAGAACUUUCCUGCACGUCCGAUUCUGGCUGGUCCUGGCUUUAGCGUCUGGGCAGCUCACUGAUAAUGAAAUAUCACGGAUUGUGGAUUUGCACAACCAGUACCGCUCCUCAGUCACUCCUCCAGCUGCUAACAUGCAACGCAUGAUUUGGAAUAAACAGUUGAGUCAGGUGGCGGCGUCAUACGCCUCUCAGUGCACUUGGGGGCACAACCCAAAAGCAUUCGGUGUGGUGGGGGAAAACCUCUUCAUGACGCUCGGACCCUUUGUAGUCGACCAGCCACUCGGUUUAUGGUUUGCAGAAAACAGUAGUUACAGCUUUACCAGCAACACCUGUGCAGAUGGGAAAGAGUGUGGACACUACACGCAGAUGGUAUGGGCGGACACAUACUUGGUUGGGUGUGCGACACAAUUCUGUCCAGAUGUUUCAAACUUUAAUGCUCAAAAUGCCACCAUUUUGGUCUGCAACUAUCACCCUCCAGGUAAUAUAAUGGGACAGUCUCCAUAUACGGCAGGAUCUUCAUGCUCCUCGUGUUCACCCGGGACAAUAGGAUGUUUGAACAAUGCCUGCGAUCGGGGUACCAACUUAACCUUGGGACUUCCAGCUAACGUUACAGCGAGUUUAAUUUACCCAUACGCAGGAAGUUCUUCUGGAUAUUUAAAGCCCUCAGCUGCUACGCUUCUGCUCGCCGGUCUGACGGCUCUUUAUAUCCGAACGACAUGAAUGACAUGCUGACUUUUGUCCACAAGUAAUAAGUUCUUAACUAAAGUGUAUAGUUAAUAAUGUAUAAUUUAUUUACGAUAGAAAUAUACUUUAUACGUAUAUGUCAUGAAUGUAAUGUCAGAAAUGUGAAUUUGUUCCAGUCAGUGAUGUGGAUUACUGAAACACUCUCACCAACAAUACUGAAUGUAAAAUACUGAUGUCAGAAAUAUGUUUAGAAAUGUAUUUAAAUACUAUAAUAUCAUAUGGUAACAAAUGGGUAUUUCAUUUAAGACAUUACUGUUCAAUUUAUUUAAGAACGUUCUUAAAAGGUUUUAAGAACGUUUAUUAUGUGUAUUAAGUUAUUAAGAAAGAUAAUUAUGUUUACUAAGUUAUUCUACUGCUUUAUAAUUUGUGAUUAUGAUUUUUACCUUGAUGGAAACACCACCCCCACUCCCCACUCCCCACCCCCAACUUUUGUCAUUUAGUUUUUUAUUUAUUUCAUGAAAUAAAAGCUGAAUGUAUUGAGACGACACUGUAUAUUAUGUAUUAUACUGGAUUCAACAUGGACACGUUCCACCACAAGUUCAAUAAAAAAAGAACCAGCUAGGUUCAAAGACA